AGGGGGGAUAGGAGAGACUCAUGCACGCGCCCCACUCGCUGCGGGUGUGCGAGCAGCGCGCUCCCGCCGCCCGCGUCGCCAUCUUUUCCCCCUCCGUCUGUCUGUCUGCCGUUGGCUUUGUCCGUCUGCAGCGCCGCCCCUGGGCUCCCCGCCACCAGCUCGGCCCGGAGCUGCCCUCUGCCCGCCGGGGCCCAGUCCCGGAGAGUCCCGGCCCAGCCGGCCCGAGCUGCGGCCCAGGGCCCAUUGUCCGGCGGUCCGUCUGUCCGGAGGCGGGGCCCAGGGACCCGGAGCGCCGCGGAGCGCCGAGGCGCCGGAUACAGAUACCUGGGAUUCAGGCGAGUUUACUUUGCUCCGUGGGAACUGCACCAGAGCUGGAGGUCUGAAAAAGAACUGUGUUUGAUAUGCAGAUAUGAUAGAAGACUGCCUGAAAGCUGCUUCCUUUGCCACUUCCUGUGGAGGCCUGUCUUUGCCAUUUGCGGUUUCUUUCUUCUUUUGGUCAGCACCUUGCAAGGAGGUAGUAACAUCCAGUCGUGAAACUGGGAAAAGCCAGAGCUCUUGGAUCAGGGAAACAUGUCCCGUCGGAAACAGACAAAUCCAAAUAAAGUUCACUGGGAUCAAGUAUUUGCUGGGCUAGAAGAGCAAGCCCGCCAGGCGAUGAUGAAAACUGAUUUUCCUGGAGACCUUGGCAGUCAGCGACAAGCUAUCCAACAACUAAGAGAUCAGGACUCCAGUAGCAGUGACAGUGAGGGUGAUGAAGAGGAGACCACACAAGAUGAAGUCUCUUCCCACACAUCAGAGGAAGACGGAGGGGUGGUCAAAGUGGAAAAAGAGUUAGAAAAUGCAGAACAGCCUGUUGGUGGGAACAGUGUGGUAGAGCAUGAGGUCACGGAGAAUUUGAAUUCUGACCCCUUACUUGGACUCUGCCAGUGUCCCCUCUGCCAGCUAGACUGUGGGAGUCGGGGGCAGCUGAUUGCGCAUGUGUACCAGCACACUGCAGCAGUGGUGAGCGCCAAGAGCUACAUGUGUCCUGUCUGUGGCCGGGCCCUUAGCUCCCCCGGGUCAUUGGGUCGCCACCUCUUAAUCCACUCGGAGGACCAGCGGUCUAACUGUGCUGUGUGUGGAGCCCGUUUUACUAGCCAUGCCACGUUUAACAGUGAGAAACUUCCUGAAGUCCUUAAUAUGGAAUCCCUACCGCCAGCCCACAGUGAGGGCCCCUCUAGUGCUGAGGGGAAGGACAUUGCCUUUAGUCCUCCAGUGUACCCUGCUGGAAUUCUGCUUGUGUGCAACAACUGUGCUGCCUACCGGAAACUGCUAGAAGCCCAGACCCCCAGUGUACGCAAGUGGGCCCUGCGUCGACAGAACGAGCCUUUGGAAGUCCGGCUGCAGCGGCUGGAACGAGAGCGCACAGCCAAGAAGAGCCGGCGGGACAAUGAGACCCCCGAGGAGCGGGAGGUAAGGCGCAUGAGGGACCGAGAAGCCAAGCGCCUGCAGCGCAUGCAGGAGACAGACGAGCAGCGGGCACGCCGGCUGCAGCGAGAUCGGGAGGCCAUGAGGCUGAAGCGGGCCAAUGAAACCCCGGAGAAGCGGCAGGCUCGGCUCAUCCGGGAGCGGGAGGCCAAGCGGCUCAAGAGGAGGCUGGAGAAAAUGGACAUGAUGUUGCGAGCUCAGUUUGGCCAGGACCCUUCUGCCAUGGCAGCCUUAGCAGCCGAAAUGAACUUCUUCCAGCUACCUGUGAGUGGGGUGGAGUUGGACAGCCAGCUCCUGGGCAAGAUGGCCUUUGAAGAGCAGAACAGCAGCUCUCUGCACUGAACCACACCCUCCUGCCUGCCUUCCCACUCAGCCGUCCCCAGGGUCCUGUCCUUGCUGCCAGAGGCAGGCCCGAGUUUGGUGCAGGUGGACCUGUGUACCCCUCGCAUAUGGGAGCAGGAAUGAUGGGGUCAGGAGGGACCCAGCUCAAGGCAGCUCUGGAUGAGGGAGGAGGCACUCCAGACACCUCAGCUCCCCAGCCCACUGCUGCAGGGCAUGCGCAUAGGACUCUGGGGCCCCAGUGUGGCCCACGCCCACCCCACGGAGUUGUGAGGGCAAAUAAAUUAAUUUUAUCUUUA